AUGGAUAACUUCUCGCCGACAAGUCAGCAGUCGAACCCCACGACACCAGCCAACGCAAUGAGUGCUAACCCCCACCAUUCGCCAAACUCCCCGACGAUCCACGACUUUCCCGCCCUCAGCCGCCAUGGCGCAACCUCAAUACCCCCCGAUCAGCCCGUGGCCAUGACGGCCUCCGGCCAGCCAGCCCUCAAUCCCCGAAGCUGCGUCACCUGCCGCCGGCGAAAGGUCCGCUGCGACAAGCAGAUGCCGUGCAGCAACUGCCGCCGCGCCGUCAUCCAGUGCAUCUACCCGGCGCCCGGCCGCGCCCCCCGCCGUCCCCGGCCCAAGGACCCGAAUGCGCCGCCCAAGAACUCCAGCGAACGCGAGGUCGAGCUCAUGAAGCGCCUGCGCAAGCUGGAGGGCAUCGUGGAGGAGCUCAGCGGCCAGAUUGAGGUCGAGAGCGGUACGGGGAGCAACAGCGGCCGCCAGAACUCCAGCACGGGGAACUCGCCUGAGGCUUUUGGCAACGACCUGAGCUCCGACCGCGCUGGCAGCUCGCAGAGCGGCGCUGCUGCCAUGAGUGCUUUCAAGGAGGCCGUGACGCCCAACAGGAUGGAGACGGAUCCGGAACCCAGGAGGCCUGCCGAGAGGCAAUCUGGGAUGAGUAGAUCGUUUGGCCGACUUGUGCUUCACGACAAGGGAAAGACGAGCAGAUACGUGAGCAGCGCAUUCUGGUCAAAGCUCAAUGACGAACUUGACGAGCUUCGCGAAGAGACGCACGCGUUGGACGAGGAUACCGAUGAUUCUGAUGUCGAAGAUACGCCAGACCACUCCCCAAUACUAGAUAACGACGCUGCAACAGACCACCAUGCCUUCAUUCUGGGGUACCGGUCUUCCGAUGUCGACUUACGCAAGCUGCAUCCCUUGCCAUCUCAGAUUCCCUUCAUGUGGCAGGUUUACCAGGAGAAUGUAGAACCAUUGCUCAAGAUCCUGCACAUUCCGACAAUGGAGAAACUCAUCCGCGACAUGCGACGAAAUAUAGAUGAGCUUACACCCGGAAACGAAGCGCUGCUGUUUUCUAUCUACUAUGCGGCGAUUACGUCAAUGGAGGAUGAAGAGGUUGAGAAGAACUUUGGAUCAAAGAAGGAAGAGAUGCUCUCGCAAUAUCGCUUCGCUCUCGAGCAGGCACUCGCCAAAGCAAACUUUUUAAACACAUCGGACAUGGUGGUCCUCCAGGCCUUUGUCAUGUUCCUCACCCUGGUCCGCAGGGAGGACGACACCCGAUUCUGCUGGACGCUGACCGGGUUGGCGAUCCGCAUCGCGCAAGGCCUGGGCAUCCACCGCGACGGAACGAAUUUCAAUCUCCCCCCUUUCGAAACCGAAAUGAGGCGCCGCUUGUGGUGGGCCAUCUGCACGCUAGACCUCCGGUCUGCGGAAGAGCUCGGCAGCGAUCUCACAAUCAUUGACCGAUCUUUCGAUACCGACCUGCCUUCUAACUUGAACGAUGCAGACAUUGAACCGGGCAUGACAGAGGUGCCGAAAUCGCGCCUGGGAAAGACGGACUGCGCCGUGUCGCUGGUGAGAUAUGAAAUUUGCUCGCUGUCGAGACGGCUCCACACUGUCGGAUCGGCCAUGCCUGGCGUCUGCCCACGGGAUGCUGCGUCGAGUCUCGAAGAGCGCGAGCGCAUGCUGAUCGAAGUGUACGACCGGGUCGAGGAGAAAUUCCUCAAGCACUGUUUCACCGAUGACGACCCUCUGUUCUGGAUGGCGGCCAUGAUUGCCCGUGUCAUCAUGGCCAAGAUGAGCCUGGUCAUUUACCAGCCGCUGCUGUUCCCCGGCAACGGCCACGAACUCUCCAACGAGGUCCGCGACAGGCUCUUUAUAUCAGCCAUUGAGAUUGUCGAGUAUAAUUACAUCCUAAACACAGAUCCCCGCUGUAAGCAGUGGCGGUGGCUCUUCCAGACCUAUCGACAAUGGCAUGCGAUCGCCUACGUCCUCAUGGAAGCCGGACGGCGGCCGUGGUCGGCAACAUCGGAGCGAGGUUGGGAAGCCGUCAACAACACGAUGCGCUUCGAUAGGGACCCGUCCGAAAUCUCGAGAAUGGCAGAUCACAUGGCCGUGUGGGUCCCGUUGCGGAAACUCAGCGCCAAGGCGACGAAGCAUCGAGAAGCAGAAAUCGUCCGUCUCAGAGCCGACCCGGAUGCGGCGCGCCAACUGGACGUGGACGAUCGUAUGAAUCCCAUCCCGGCUAGGCUCGGUCCGGUGCCCGGAAUGGAAAUCAAACACUUGCAGAUUCGUACCCGCUGGCGGAACCUGGUACGGACGGACGGCUCCAGCCCGCUGCCACCGCCGGCCAACAACGCAACACAAAACCAAGCCGUGCGGCAGCAGCAGCAGAACGCGACGCCUCGUGGUCCGGUCAUCCAGCCCUCAAACCCGACAGUCCAGGCCCCGACGCCUACACCCCAGGAGAGGGAACCCGAGUUCAUCGACACGGUGAUGAUGGCGCGGGGGUUCAACCCUUACCACAUCUGGGAGUCCAUCUAUCCAGCGGCGGAGUCCAUGGCAGCCGACCCGAAUAACACCCUCUUCCCGCCCAGCGUCUCGCAGCCGCAGGCGUCGCAGUCCAUGAUGUCCUCGGCCGUCCCGUCGCCCGCCGUGUCCACUGGCCAAAGCCUCGACGGCGACCAGCGACUGAAGCAGCAGGCCAUCGCGAUGCAGUCCCAGCCCGCUGUCGCGUCAUCGUUGGGGGAUAACCAGCCUCCGUGGCUGUGGUCUGACCCGUUUACAUCGAUCAAUAAUGUGCCUGUUGAUUCUAUGGAUGUCAACAUGGACAAUUUGGACGACUUUAACUGGCAGAAUUGGCAGGAGAGCAUCAAAGGGUUUGAGAUGGAUCCGGAUAACAUGCCCCAGAAGGGAGCGUGGUAG